AUGGCUUCUCAGGCUCUAGCGUCUCUUACUGAAACAUAUACUGAUUCAGAAGGGGAAGAAGAUAUGGAGGAUCCGACGCCAGAAAAGGAUGAAGUUAAAGAGGUUCAGUCUGCCCCUACAAGUCCUAAAAAGACGGAGGAAAAUAAACAAUCAUCUUCAGCGCCAGUAUCUCCAAAGAGAAGAUUGGUUUCUUAUGUGGACGAUACAGUUGUCUCUGAUGAAGAACCUAUAUCACCUACACCAGAAAAUCAAGACGAUAUGCGGAGACUAUCAAUGGAAACUGAUACGGAUGAAGCAAUCCCUCGCUCUGACCCUGAUGAUUCACAGGAUGGUGUAACUAUACCCCCAGAACCACCAGGGAAAUGCCCAAAAGAAUUACAAGAAUCAAUAGCAAAAUUUUAUAGCCGAAUGUUAACUGAAGGAUUAGAUAUGAACAGGAUUAUACAAGAUAAGAAAAAUUUUAGAAAUCCAAGCAUUUACGAGAAGCUCAUUCAGUUUUGUGAUAUUAAUGAAUCAGAUACAAAUUAUCCACCCGAAAUUUAUGAUCCACUGAAAUGGGGAAAAGAAUCAUAUUAUGAUGAACUGUCUCGGGUCCAGAAAUUAGAAAUGGAUAGAAGAGAAAAGGAAAAAAAAGAAAAAUUAGCUAAAAUAGAUUUUAUCACAGGCGUAGUAAAGAAAACAGAUGAUGAUGAUGAGAAAAAGAGAAAAUCUAAAUGGGAUCAAGCCGCUCCAAACGUAGCCAAUAAACCGACCAUCAAACAACCCGGCUUAGUACAGCAACCACUCACAAGUAAUGUCACAGGCACAAAGGGCACUAUUAUCUCAGCCUUUGGAUCUUUACCGAAGAAACCAAAAAUUUGA